AUGUUUUUAUCACGUUCUAUUUUAACCAACAAAAAUAAAAACUCAAUUCUAUUUAAUAACAUUAGAUAUUUUUCCACCUCAAUAAUUAAAUCACCUCCAUAUAGAAUUUUAUUUUUUGGUACUGAUAAUGUUUCAUUACCAAUUUUAAAAUCUCUUCAUGAAAACCAAAAAUUAAAAACAAAUAAUUUAGUUAAAGAAUUACAAGUUAUUUGUCCAAAAUCCGAAAAAAAAGAAUUAGUUGAAGAAUAUGCAAUUGAGAAUGGUUUAAAGAUAACAUAUCCUGAUGCAAUUAAUGGUAUGAAAGGAUUUCAAGUACCAAAGAUAACGACUGGUGAAAGUGAACAAGGUAAUGAUGAAUUAUUUGAUUUGGCCGUGGUUGUAUCAUUUGGACAUUUCAUACCGAAAUCAGUAUUAUCAAAAUUUAAAUAUGGUGGUAUUAAUAUGCAUCCAUCAUUAUUACCAAGACAUCGUGGUGCUGCACCCAUUUACCACCAAAUUCUAAGCGACGAUGAUAAUGUUGGUAUCUCGGUGAUAGAAUUACAUCACGAAAGAUUCGACUGUGGUAAAAUUUUAAAACAAAUUAAAUUGGAACCAUAUGAUAAAGAUAAAAUCCUAUACAAUCAAUUACUAACAAACUUGGUUGAAUUAGGAAGUGAAUGUGUAAUGUCAACAAUUCAAGAUUUUCCAGAAUCUUCCAAAAAUGCUAAAAAUCAAACUGAACAAGGUAAAACUUUAGCACCAAAAGUGAAUAGAAAAAUGUCAAAAUUAGAAUGGUCAACACAAACCAUCAAUGAGAUUUGGAUUCUUUAUAAAGCAUUCAGUGAUAACAUUGGUUUAAAUACAAUGAUUUACAAUAAGAAAUCAAAAUCUGCAAAAACAAUUAAAGUAAAAGAAAUGUUACAACCACCAUCAGAUUCAACAACAACAACAACAACAACAACAACAACAACAACAACAACAACAACAACAACCACAACCACAACCACAACCACCACAAAUGAAAUGUAUAAACAAUUAUUAAUAGAUAUCAAAAAUUAUGAAAAUAGAAAUUCAACAACUUUAAAACAUGGUUCUUUCUUUUUAGAAACUGAUAAAUCAAAACCUUAUAAUAAUAUAAUGUGGGUAAAUUGUAAAGAUGGUUGGAUUGGUAUUACUAAAUUAUUUGAAGAAGGUAAAAAGAAUACUGUAAAAUCCUCUGAAUUUCUAUUUGGUAAAAACACUAUUUCAAUUAAUGAUAAAAAUAAUUUAACUAUACCAGAUUCACAAGUUUUAUUUUAA